AUGACUACACACACCUGGCGAGCGUGGGCCAUCUACGUGGUCUUAGCUGCAAACCUCUCCAAACAGCAGGAGCUGAAGCAGGUUUGUCCUUCAUGCCAUAACACUCAGCUUUGCAACUGCUCUUCCAUGGGCUUGGACUUCAUUCCCACAGGAAUCACUGACAAAAUCACAGCGUUAAACCUGUCCCACAACAGGAUAAAGCAGAUCCGAACCCAGGAUCUGCAGCACGCUGUGAACCUGAGAUCCCUGUUGCUGCAGGGCAAUGAGAUCAGCUCAAUAGAUGAGGACUCAUUUCGCUCCCUUGGGAAACUGGAGCUCUUGGACUUAUCAGAGAACAGCUUGGCUCACUUGUCCCCUGUGUGGUUUGGGCACCUUUUUUCACUCCAGCACCUCCACCUCCAAGGGAAUUCCUACAGAGACCUUGGGGGAAGCUCCCCUUUUUCCAGCCUGAGGAACCUGAGCUCUCUCCACCUGGGCAACCCACAGUUCUCCUUGAUAAGGCAAGGGAACUUUGAGGGCAUUGAGCUUCUCGAUAAGUUGUGGAUCGACGGUAGCAAUCUCAGUCAAUAUGAGCCAGGAAGUUUGAAACCAAUCAAGAAGAUAAAUCACAUGAUAAUAAACAUAAGAAGUAUUAAUGUAUUCUCAGCAAUUGUCAGGGACAUUCUUCACUCUGUCAUUUGGUUAGAACUGAGAAAAAUAGCAUUCCAGAUACCUGAUGAAAUACAACUAUUGAGAGCCAUGUCGUCUUCUUUGGCAAAGAAAAUUUCUUUUAAACAGGCCCUAGUAACAGAUGCUACUGUGCCUGAGAUUGUCAGCAUUUUAGAAGACAUGCCAAAACUGGUGGAGGUGCAGAUGAUGGACUGUAGACUCUUGGGAACUGGACGAUGGGAAAUGCAAAUUCAAGCAAACCAAUCACAGACUCUCAGGGUUCUGACAAUAGAGAAAUUAUCCAUAGAAGAGUUCUAUUUGUUUACAGACCUUCGGGCUGUGAAAGGUCUACUGUCUCAUCUGACCAAAGUCACGGUUGAAAACACAAAAGUCUUUUUGGUACCUUGCAGCCUUUCGCAACAUCUUCUGUCGUUAGAGUAUCUCGACCUCAGUGCGAAUUUGCUCGGAGACCAAAGUUUGGAGCACUCGGCCUGUCAAGGUGGUUGGCCCUCACUACAAACUCUGAAUUUAAGUCAGAAUUCACUGAGUGACUUAGAAAUGACAGGUAAAAGUUUGUCUCAUCUAAGGAAACUAAUUGUCUUAGACAUUAGCCUAAAUAAUUUUGGUGACAUACCAGAUGUGUGUGAGUGGCCAAAAAAACUGAAAUAUUUAAACCUCUCCAGCACUCAAAUUCCUAAACUAACAACUUGCAUUCCCUCAACG